AUCUCAACCUUUCUGUUAUAAAAUAUUAUAAAAAUUAGUCAUUAGCUAUUCUAUAAUCGUAUAACGUAUAAACGUAUAAUCUAUAAUAUUUUACGAUUCCUCUUUCCAGUGCAUUGCUCAUAUUAAGAAAUUAUUAGAAAAAAAUUAUUUUCUUAUUACAUCAUCAUAUGUCAAUGUACGUAUCAUGACUAAUUUUUUCAUCGCGAUAAAAGAGGGUCGAUCCAUAUGAAUCAUGAUUUGCGAUGGUAGGCCGGCUUAAACCAUUGUAAGCCCCCAGACGGUUCGCGAUCAAUAACCGAAAGCGCGCAAAGGGCGAGAGUUGACGUCGCCCGAAACGUCAUUGUGUCUAUCUAGAUUUUUACUUUCUCGCGUGUCUCUUUUUUUUCAUUAGACACGUUCUCGUCGGUUUCUCGUUUAUCCAUAUUUCUUUAUUUUCUUUUCUCUCUCGCGUGCAUCCCGGGGGGAAGCUGCAGUUCGAGCGUGAAAUUCGAUGGGUUGCGUCUAAAUGUGUACGAGUAAGUCAAGUGUACCAAAAGAAGAAUAAGCACACUAACGAGCACGUGUGCUUGAUGUACAGUCUUUACCAGUGGAUCUGCAAACAUCACGGUGGAUCAAGGAUUCGACAGGAUGGAAAAAACAAACAGAUGAGCGUGGAGAACAGCUUGGAUGCUGAGUGUGAGAUUCUCAAGCCAAGCCGAAAAAAUAGUAGAAGAUUCAACACUAGUGACUUCUGGUUGUACAUCGUGGUUGUCGCAAGUAGAACCACUAGGAAUAAUGUUACCGACCGUAGGCGGUGAGUCCCGCAUGAUAGUCCUGGGUGAAGUUCCACCGUCACAACCAGAGCAGGAACAAGAACCCGCGCAGGAUGUGGCGGCACAAUGGUUGCAGACAGAAAAUCAGACCAAUACUGCAGUCACUACUACUAUCGGCACUAUUACCAACAUACCGACUAUCGCGAGUCGAAACAGAACAAAUGUACCACCGGUUCCGCAACCGAGGCAGAGAAUCGGCAAACCAGAUAUUAGGGUACCGGGAAACAGGAAUCGUAAGUCGCGUAGAAGGCGCAUUACGGUCGCAGGAAGCACUUAUGUAUAUAUUUAGGAUUUACUGAGGUACCACAACUCUAUAAAUAUUUGAUUCUUUUUUUUUUGUAAAAUCUCACAUUCAUGUAUCAUAUUCAUUGAUCAUCAACAUAUAUAUUCCUAUGUUUUCGAAUAAUGAUAAAUAUAUAUUUUAAGACAAUUUCUAUGAAUAAAAAAAAUU